AGAAUAACCAUAAUUGUUCCGCUCCACAACUUAAAUUUUGUACAAGUUUAUGAUUUAUUUUACAAAUAUUUUAUUACACAAACAUGAAUCGAUAUUUAAUGAAUUUUUCAUACAUCGGUAAAACUUUCCGUGGGGCUCAAAGGCAAGUAAAGGGAGUAUUUCCCCGGAUUGAUGACCCUACGACGGUGCAAGGGCAAUUAGAAAUGGGACUGAAGAUGUUGAACCCCAACAAUGAGCCAGUUGUGUAUUUAUCUAGCAGAACUGAUGCCGGCGUACACGCCUUAAAUACUACUUGUCAUGUUGAUUUAUACAGAAACAAUGGAUUGAUUUACAACCCCCAGACUGUUACAAUUGCAAUGAAUUCUUAUUUCAAAAAACAAGAGGUGCCAAUUAGAAUUUUAAGGACUUAUUUAGUACCACAAGAUUUCCACAGUAGACACAAUGCAAUAUUAAGGACAUAUUUAUACAGAAUCAUUGUUUGUCAAGUAAAUGGCUACAAAAAAGGAGCCACUAAUUACUUUUUCAUUCCUGUGGAAGAAUUAGAUAGAGCAUAUUAUAUAUGUGCUGAAAAUUUUGAUGUAGAACUAAUGAAAGAAGCAGCAUCAUUGAUAGAAGGCCAUCAUGAUUUCAGGACAUUUAUGGCUCAACAUUUGGGACAUGAGGAAAAAGAAACUAGGAGGGUUUUGGAAAGACUUGAAAUCAUGGAAGCAGAUUCAGUUGGUUAUUCUAUUUUCAGUUGGCCAGCUGAAACUAUACCACCAGAUUGUCAGUAUAUGUUUUUGAAUGUAUAUAUACAGUCUAAAGGGUUUUUAUAUAAACAAGUGAGGAGGAUAAUUGGGACACUUGUGGCAGUUGCACAACAUAAGAUACCAUUAGAAGAAGUAAUGACUAUGUUACAAGUACCUUCAGUUAACAGUUGGAACCCAAGAAUUCAAAGUGCUCCAGCUCAUGGUCUCUAUUUGUGCGAAGUGCGAUAUUCUGAUACAGACCGGUCUAGAUUUCAGGAAUCAAAUACUGUGAUGGAUGAAAUUAUUUAAAGAGUCUCAUAGACAAUUGUAAGAAAUAAGUGU